GUACUUGUCUGACCAUUGCGUUGGGAGUAGUGGGGUGAUUAAGUAGUGUGUACCGCAGAGUACCUACUAGUGUCGGUCUCUGCGCAGGUGCACAGGCGUGGUACCCUGCGCUACAUCCUUCAGGCUGUUAAGGACAACAAGCAAGACCACAGCUUAUUAAGAGCUCCAUGAAACGAAACAACUCAUCAGGACUAUGUGCGAUGGAAUAGCAUGCUUUUCUUCUUCUUUCACUUGUCGCUUUUUGUGCCACACUCUUGUCUAAAGAUCUUGUUAUUAUUUCAGCGCCCGACAACCGUUAGUCUCUGUACGAGUACCUAGACCUUUGUCUUUGAAUAACUUCCAGCUGGCAGCCAUUUUGCCUAACAUGCUCACUUUCACCUCGGAUCCCCUCUACUGGUGGUGAAUCGCGACUGUACGUUUGAGUUACUGAUUUUUCCGUUGGUCAACACGCCCGAACUGUGUUGCUUGAAGCCACCGCCCUCCCCUCCUUUUGGUACAUCGUUGCCGCAAAGAUGUCCGAUCCAACCGCAUCAACGGCCUCUGAGGCCAUAGAGGCGAGCCAGUUUACACUACAGGUCCUAUCUCCCUCGCUCAACGUACCUCAGCCUCUGUUCCUAGAACUUCCCGUUACAACAACAAUAAAGCAAUUAAGGGAGCGGAUACGAAGUUCUAUUGCCACCAAGCCACCAGAUAAUGCCCAGCGACUCAUUCAUCGAGGGAGACUCCUAACACGGGAUUCUGAGACCAUGCUGGAGCUAUUUGGCGAGGAACAGCUUCGGUCAGCGGGCCACCAAACUCUGCAUCUCGUCUUACGCGAUCUUUCUGAGACUCAGUCGAGUUCGACUCCGUCACUAUCCAAUAACCAAUCUACGAACUCACGCUCUCAAACCCCAGGGCACCAACAUCCCCAACCACAUCAUGGGCAGCCACAUGUGAGGAUGGGCUUCGGUGGCUCUCCGCAUCCCAACCUUGCCUUCGGUUUCGCUCAUCCGCCGAAUCAGACUGGCCCUCAGCUCCCUCCUAGCAGGUCAACACAGCAGCUUCUACAAACCCAAUUUGAAACGAUGGCUCGUUUAGGACAUUCAAGUCAGAACCAGACCCCAGCGCCGAGCUCAAUGGGUCACCAUACCACCCAACAUUGGGGAAGCCCGGGCUCUUUGACACCGGGCAGAACAGGCUCACCGUUUCAGCCGGCGGCCACUCGUACUGUCGUUAGAGAAGGUAUUGGCCCGGAUGGACAGCGAUGGCGGGUUACUGUCAACGAGCCGAUCGUCACAACGUCACAGAGAACCGGGCGAGCUAGUUCUCCUCUUGCCUCAGUUCGGGUACCUACUCCCAUCAGUGCUCAGGUUCGAUCGGUACCCAGCGCUGGACCAGCUGGCGGCUAUGACGCUCAGAACAUUCUUCGUGCAGCAGAUGCAGGACCUGCAACGCGUGCUAUGGCUGACGCCAUGCGAAGAAAUGCGAGUAGUUCUUCGUUAACGAGUCUAGCUAGUCACCAUGCUCAGCAACCCAUUCCCCCCGGGGUUACCACACCCCUUAUUCCAUCACGCGCUGGGAGUGCACCCGGCACCCCUGAUCCCCUACGAGCAAGCGGUCGUUCUUCUAAUGGUUCACUUGGAAUUCAAGGCAUUCAAACUACCUCACCUGAAGUGUUCAUUCUCUCCUCUCCCAGUGGCCCUCGCGCAAUUUUGGUCAACGGCAACUUAGGGACAUAUUAUAGCCCCCUACUCCGUCCUAUGGGUCCUCCUCUCCCCCCGAUGGCAUUCAGCAGCGCCCCCGGAUUAAUAGCGCAAGCUCGGCACGUCGCCCUUCCACAGAUCAUUCAACGCUCUCCAUUUGUUAGUGGGAAUCAACCGGUUGCUCAAGCCAACCUUCCACAAGCCGCCCAACAACCUCAAGUACAGCCACCGCAUGAAUUGCAAGUGCCAGGCCCAAUCCGAGCUCAAUUCGGUCAUGGAAUGGAUAACCCUCAGAUUCAAGCUAUCAGACUAGCCCAGGUGUGGCCACACUUAUGGAUGAUAAUUCGCCUUGCUGUUUUUAUUUGGUGGUUUACAUCGCCAACGUCUAGUUGGUCACGAUGGUUCACAGUCAUUUCGCUUGCCAUCUUUAUGUUUGUUGUAAAUACUGGAGCUUUGAAUGGUUGGGCCGAGCAAAUAUGGGUUCCCUUACGCCGCCAAUUAGAGAACCUAAUGCCCCUCGCGGCUGACGCACAGGGCCGCCAGCAGCAACCUCCUGUUGCCGAAGAUGCCCAAGGUGGUGAUGCAAACGGGGUGAACCCAGCAGGACCAAGAGGCCCAGAUCCUGCUGAUACGGCAGCCAGGUUAGUCCAGCAACGCCGUGCGAACAACGCCAACUGGCUGUUGAAUCAAGCAAGGCGACUAGAGCGUGCUGGUAUCCUCUUCAUCGCUAGUCUCGCCCCGGGUUUGGCUGAAAGACAUAUUGCCCAAGUAGAGGCAGAGGCUCGCGCAGAAAGGCAACGACAACGAGAAGCCCAAGCAGCCGCGGCAGCUUCAGCCCAAGCAGAACCAGAUGGCACCAAUGAUAACGCCACCGCUGCAAAUCCCGAAGUCCGUGGGUCUCCUCAUGGUGAUCACCCAGAACACGAAACAGGACUGCCGAACAGUGUAACUGAGCAAAACGCAGAUACUCCUACACAAGAAGACACGUGAAAAAGGACGAUACCCAGGUGUGUAUAGAAACGUGGCGUCAUAACGGAAAUUUUACAGCCAUGACUUCAAUGGCAAGGAUUAUACUCAAAGAUAGCAUGUAAAUGAUGAACAAGAUCGUAGUGACAGAGCGCUACAUGUAAGCUUGUAAUGAUAAGAGUCGCUUGGCGUGGCUUGGGCAAACAGGAUCCUGACCUACUGUUUUGUGAGUAAAGAUAACCAACCUUUUGAGUGCGGUAAUUUGCAAAUUUUGUGACUGGUUUUUAUGGGAGUUAUGGAGGAACAUAGCAUAGCUACACAGCGUAACAAAUGAGAAUUUGAUAGACAACGAUGAAGAGCAAACCAGAGUGUCUAUCUAAUCUGUGAGUUGAGAGAACUGAACGGUGUUUUGCCUUCAAACAACGAGGAAAGAAAACCAACCAAUCUUUCUGAGGAGGAUGGUGUUGUGGAUUACUACGGUGACUUGAUAUCUAAGAGCUUAGAAGGUUGCAGGUGAAGCAAUUGCUAUUCACACCAAUAGUGCCCUUUAAUCUAAAUGAUAAACAACUAUAUAGGCCAACAAGAAGAUUGAAAAGGAAGAAAGAAAGUCUAUUUUUGAGAAAGAGAAAAAAAAGAAAAAGAAAAAGAGACGGACACCAUCAGUUGUUGGUUGGCGAUACCAGGAAUCGAACCUGGGUCUAUUCGGCCACAACGAAUUGUACUAACCACUAUACUAUAUCACCUGACAGGUCACCUGAUUUGC